GUGACGUCAGCCGCAAGGUGAGAAGGAUAACGUGAACUGAAAGCGGAGGAGAGUAUAGCCUCGCUCAUCUCAUCCCGUCCCAUCUGCCUGUUGUCAUUAUCACUCACAGAAAGACUCACUGCUGCUGCUGGACUACAUGGAAACACAUUCUUUCCACGCUCGGUCGAGCCUUCGGACACCGGGGGCGUCGACAGCAUUUUCACAGCAGUGUGGAUAUGGGAGGUAGAGCCGAGGUAGUGGUGAACAGGCUCAUGUCCAGCAUGCCCAACACGCAUUUUUCACGCUCCACACCGAGCCGCUUAAGGCUCCGUCCACAGACUCAAUGGAAGGGCAAGCGCGUGAAGACAUCCUCUCGAAAGAUGAAAGCCAGAGAUCCCAGCCCCACCGAGAUGAGCGUGGAGCCUUGGGCCAGCCCGCAGGACCAGGCAGCCGCUGAACUCUCUCACAGCGAACACACGGACACGCCGCCCUCUCAGGAUCAGGAGCAGCGCCCUGAUAAACUCUGCCUGGACUCGUUCUGGAGUGAGGUUGAGAACAUCCAACAGGGGAGUGGCUACGCAGACGACUGCAGCAGGAGAGAUUCGAAACACUCCGAAGAAGGAGAGCAGGAGGAGCAGUGGUUGGCCGAUGCUGGCUUGUCAACCCUCAUCAGCGAGGACACUGAGACAAUAGACAAAACGGCCCUGCUGUCCACUCUGACCAAGACGCAGGCCGAAGCCGUUAAGCGUCGAAUAGAGACCUACACGCUCCGCAAACGGAACAAACCGCCACCGCGUGACGUUCGCGACAUAUUCAGCUCACAGACCCUCGUGUCCGAGUCUCAGCAUAGUGAAGACCCAGCCCAAAACAGCAUGGCAUCGGUAGCCAAGUCACCUUUAUCAGCUGUGACUCCAGAGCAUCAGCGAGGUACUCCCAAAGAUGAAUACUUCAUCACUGAUGUGGCUUACUGUGAACAGGCCGUCAUCCUCAUCAAACAAGCCAAACUGCCACAGAAUAACAGCCAGCGCAGGAAGGAGGACGGCACCCUGCCCCGGGUCAUCUGCCCCAAGUGCCGUCUAGGAAUGACUCGUAUUCAAGAUCUCUCCCACGCUGACAUGAAGAAGGUGCGUCAGUUGGCUCUCAUCGACAUGACAGCGCUGUGCGACCUCCUAGAGCUGGAGGUCAAAAGGCACAAAACUGGCAAGAGGAAAAACCCAGAGAGCCCGCUCUUUGGAGUCCCGCUGGCCACGCUGCUGGAGAACGAUCAGAAACUGAAGCCCAGCACUUCGAUUCCGCUCUUGCUGCAGGAAUUGUUGUCAUUUCUGGAGAAGAAGGGAAUCGAUUCGGAGGGGAUCCUGCGUGUUCCAGGAUCUCAGUCCAGAAUCAAGCUGCUGCAGCAGAACUUGGAGGCCAACUUCUACUCACGGCAUGUCAGAUGGGAUGAAGUGAGUCCGAACGACGCCGCUGCACUGCUCAAGAAGUUCAUCCGGGAGCUGCCCGCUCCUCUGCUCACUGCGGAGUACCUCAACAACUUUAGCGCCGUCAGGGAAAUCACAGAGCUGAAACAGAAACUCCACAUGCUGAACCUGCUCAUCCUGCUGCUGCCCGAGCCCAACAGAAACACACUAAAGGCUCUGCUGGAGUUCCUCAGUAAGGUGGUCUCCAAGGAAAAGAAGAACAGGAUGAACCUGUGGGCCGUCGCAACCAUCAUGGCUCCCAACCUGUUCCUGCACAAGGCCGUCCCAAGCAGACUAACUGAGGGUGGAGAGAAAGGACAGGCGGAGAAGGCGGCAGAUGUUAUGAGGCUCCUCAUCCGGUACCAGGACCUGCUCUGGAUGAUCCCUAAUUUCCUCAUGAGCCAGGUGCGUAGGCUGAACGAGAACAGUAACCGGCGUUACCAGUUAUACGAUCGUCGCUUCAAGAACCUGCUGAGAAAGAUUCACACGGACAGCAGGGAAAAACCGGAGAAAAACUCAGAGCCACAUCGUACAGUGAAAAUCCAGGUCGGAGAUCUGGAAAGCAGCACGAUGGAUUAUCAGCUUAACUUAAAUUCAAGAGCCUCCGACCUUCUCGCCCAGUUUUACCGCCAGUUCCUCAGAAGCCCUGACAAUGGAAAGGACAAAAUGCGAAGGAACGGCUCGGUGGCGUAUUCGGACUGCGCCCUGUAUGAAGUGGGCGGGAAUAUCGGUGAGCACUGCCUAGAUCCAGACACACACCUUCUGGAUUUGUACAACAGCAAUCCUGGAGGAGAGUGGAUCAUCAAAAGGAGACCCAGUGGCAGCAGGUGGCUGUGAUGGAUGGACUGAACGAAAACUCAGUUUCAGACUAAACAUAAAGGCAUCAAGGUCUUCGGAAGCAUCAAAUCCACGCAGCCGUCACUUCUUCAUAUCCUGUUCAUCCCGUGAGCAACAAGCGAGAGGGAGACAGAUGGAGGAAGCGGGAACGGAUAGAUGGAGAAACUGCCUGGAGCAGAGCCUAAAAACUGUCUGCGAUCACAUGAACACACACUACCCUCUGUCUUUCUCUUCCUGCCUCUCUCCAUCUUCUUCUUUUCCCUUCACUACAUCAUUUCUCUCCUGCGUUGCAACGCUGAGAGCCUAAAGCUGCCGACGCGACUCAUUACUUCCAACAGAGAACCUGCUGCACAGAAAAGAGGAGAGCGACCGGCUGGACAGUUUGCUUCGCCAUCUUUUCUCUCGAGCAAUCGUAUCCAACCAUGAGCGAGCAGAUGGGGAUGCAGAGCACCUCUGGCUAUAGAGAGCUCACCCCCUCUGUCAGGCCAGCGUCUGCCCCACAAAAGUGUUUUUCUAUCAUGACUUAUCAGGGCUUUGUAAAAAGCUCAAACAUGAUACAAGAGUUUUAUGUGCAUAUUUGAAGAAAAAAUAUUAUCUAAUUGCGUGCUAAAAGUCAGCGGAAUACAAGAUUUCAUUUGUAAAUAUUUGCCCGCCUGCAUCUCCAGUGAUUAAGCUAUUAUUACAUCAUCAGUCUCCAGUGUUACCACUGCUCAGUCAUUUUCUUGCACUUACAUACAGACAAGCCUGGAUAUUCAGGUAUUCGGUGAACAUGGACAUGUAGCAGGUCAACUUUCAGUCUUAUUAUGAAAUUCUGGAUUUUCAACUUUUGUCAGAAAAAAAUAGUUGACCAUGAAGUAAUACAUGAGGUGCUCCAUGCCUUGAUUUCUUUGUUCACCCACCAGUGUUACUUUACAAUAAAUCAGGAAAAACACAGCUAGGAAAAACUGAUUUCUUUAUUCUUCUAUCCUGACUUAAGCAGCAAGUUUUCCUAUUUACACAUGCUCUUUACAUCUAGAGCUACUCAUAACCUGUGUAAACAAAUUUGAACAUAAAACCCUUGGAUCAUUAUUUUGAAACCAAAAUAAUGAGAAAACAGCAGCAUGAAAGAAGACACUGGGCACUUAAGCUGCUGGAGCAGAAGCUAACCUGGAAACAGACAGUUGAUCCAGAUCGAUCCAGAUUGAUUCUGCAGCUUUGAUGAGUAAGUAAACAAAGACCGGGGUUUGUCGGUGUCAACUCCUUUCUUCACCUGUGCCAUUCAAUGAGGGAAAGAGACCCUGAUGAACUGAUAUCCCUUUAUCUGUGAAACCCUGCAAUCUCCUGGGCAUUCAAAUUAAAAAAUCCUCGGCCUUCCUGAGCUGCACAGAGCAGCGCUCAAAGAGACUUUUCUCUUGGACACCACGAGAUUUGGUGUUGUGACCUCAAGGACAGUGACUGUACCUCUAAAGGGAGUUGUAAAGGACACACAGUGAAGCUGGUCUUCUCGUCUUUUUUUUUUUUU